AUGGUUUCUCGUAUCGAUUAUACUUUGUACUUAGUUACUGACUCGACUAUGAUUCCAGAAGGUUCUACCUUCUUGAAACAAGUCGAGGAUUCUAUUAAUAAUGGAGCUACUAUAGUUCAGUUACGUGAAAAAAAUAUGCUGACACUUGAUUUCAUUGAAAGAGCAUCUCAGGUUCACAAAUUGACUUUGAAAAAAGGAAUCCCUCUAAUUAUCAAUGAUAGAGUUGAUGUAGCUUUGGCAAUUGAUGCUGAAGGUGUUCAUGUGGGACAAGAUGAUAUGCCCGCAUCAAUUGUUAGAAAAUUGAUAGGACCUAAUAAGAUUGUUGGAGUUAGUUGCUCUUUUCCAAGUGAAGUAGAAGCUGUUUGUAAAGAAGGAGUCGCCGAUUACGUUGGUUUGGGUACCGUUUAUAAAACGAAUACUAAAACAAACGUUCUGGUUCCACAAGGAACAGGACCAAUAGGUAUUAGGAAGAUGCUUCAAGUUUUGAAGGCGCAUAAUACAAAACAAGGAAACAAUUAUAUUAGCUGCGUAGCUAUUGGAGGCAUUAAUGAAAGUAAUGCAUCAAAGGUAUUAUAUCAGUCAGCAAUUCAAGGGCAGUCAUUAAAUGGUGUAGCAGUAGUUUCAUGCAUUAUGGCAAGCAAAAAUGCAGCAAGAUCUACUAUAGAGCUUGAAAAUGUUAUAAAGUCUUCCGUACCAUGGGUGAAGGAUAUUAAUAAUCAAUGCUUCUACAUUAAGACCAGUGAAAAGAUCAAGCAAGUUGUAGAAUCAAAGCCCUUAAUCCACCACAUUACCAAUAACGUCGUCAAAAAUUUUAGUGCCAAUGUUACUUUGUCAAUUGGGGCAUCGCCGAUCAUGUCCGAGUUUCCUGACGAAUUUGAAGAGUUUGCUUCGCUGAUUCCUAAUCUUGCAUUAGUGUUGAAUCUAGGGACACCAUCGGCAGGUCAAAUGGAAAUCUUCAAACGUGCGAUUUCUGUCUACAACAAGCAUGGAAAGCAUAUAAUAUUUGAUCCAGUAGCCGCUGGUGCGUCGACACCAAGACUUGAAUGCUGCAAAGAAUUACUUAAUGCUGGUCAAUUUUCUGUAAUAAAAGGUAAUGUUGGUGAAAUUCUGGCAUUAUGGAAGCUCACCAGUAAAUAUCAAGUUUCACACACCAAUGAGAAUAACUUGUUAAUGCGUGGGGUGGAUUCAGUUGCUGAGGUUAGCGAAGCUGAUAUAAAAAAAAUUGGUAGAGAAGUGGCACAGGAUUUCAGAGUAGUUGUAGUCGUUACUGGUGCUGUGAACUAUGUAUUUGAUGGUACAGGUUUCAAUAGCGAUUCCCAAAAUAUUCAUGAUGUUUCUUUGCCUGAUGAGAAAUUUGGUGUAGCACAAGUUCAGAUACCAGGGGGGCAUAGAAUUAUGAGUUCCAUCACAGGUACUGGUUGUUCUUUAGGUAGUACCAUUGCAGCGUUUGUUGCAGCCAAGGCCGAUGGCAGUUCUAACGCAACGUUCAAUCUAUUUGACGCUGUUGUUGGAGCUGUUAAUUUUUAUAAUAAAUGUGGAUUUGAAGUUGGUAGAGACAUAGUCUCUGCACCUGGUACGUUUAUGAUUAAAUUCUUGGAUAAGCUUGAACAUGAAGCUCAUUUGCACUUACAGGACGACCCAAAAGCAAUGUAUUAUAAAACCCGUGCCUAUAAUGAUUAUGAUUAUGAUUGUUAUUAUAGCUAUUAA